CUAUUAUUUUCCCCCUCUCCAUACAAAUAAUUUCUAUCACCUUUUAUUAUUCUAAACACAACUAAAUAAAUUCACCGGUGAAUUAUAUUAUUAUUUUUUUUCAAAAAAAAUGUUACACCCCGAUCAAGAAGAUAAUUGUGUUGAUGGCCGCUCAUCUAAUAAAAAAGCCCAACAACAAUUCUCACUUCAGCUUCCCAGUUUUUCUAUCCUUCAUACUUCAUCCCACCCCGUCACCCUCCAGUUUGAGGACGUGACGUAUUCUUUGAAGAUAGAGAGCAAUGAGGGGAACCAAACGCGAAUCUUGCUUAACGGCGUCAGCGGGACCGUUAACCCCGGCGAGCUGCUGGCAAUGCUGGGCCCGUCCGGGAGCGGGAAGACCACUCUCCUGACGGCGCUCGGCGGGAGGUUGCCGGGAAAACUCUCCGGCACCGUGACGUACAACGGGCAGCCGCUGUCGUGCCCGAUGAAACGGAGGAUCGGAUUCGUGACCCAAGACGACGUUCUGUACCCUCACCUGACGGUCAAAGAGACGCUGACCUACGCCGCUCUGCUGCGGCUGCCGGAGAAUCUGACAAAAGCAGAGAAAACAGAGCAGGCGGAGCUGGUGAUGGUGGAGCUCGGCCUGACGAGGUGCCGGAACAGCGUGAUCGGCGGCGCUCUCCUCCGGGGAAUCUCCGGCGGAGAGAGGAAAAGGGUGAGCAUCGGGCAAGAAAUGCUGGUGAAUCCGAGCCUGCUGCUCCUGGACGAGCCGACGUCGGGGCUGGACUCCACGACGGCUCUGCGGAUGGUGGGGACGCUGCGGUGGGUGGCGAGGGGCGGGCGGACGGUGGUGACGACGAUCCACCAGCCGUCGAGCCGGCUGUUUCGGAUGUUCGAUAAGGUGGUGGUGCUGUGCGACGGAUGUCCGAUUUACAGCGGGAGGGGAAGAUCCGAAGUGAUGGAGUAUUUCGGGUCGAUUGGGUAUGUUCCCGGGUUUAGCUUAAUGAAUCCGGCUGACUUUCUCCUUGAUCUUGCCAAUGGUAUAGCCCCAGAUACAAGGCAGGAAGAAGGGCAUGAAUUUGAUGGAGUAUGUGAUAUUAAUGGUGAUGAUCAAGCUUCCAUCAAACACUUCUUGAUUUCAUCCUACACCAAGACUUUCAAUGCCACGAAUAAGAAUGCAGAUAUGGAGAAAGGCCUCCUCUUUCAACCAAAUUUGCUCCCAUCAAAACGGUGUGAUGAUGAAGAGCAAUUGUGGACAAGUUGGUGGCUGCAAUUCACAGUUUUGUUGAGCAGGGGACUAAAAGAAAGAAGACAUGAGUCCUUCUCCGGUCUGAGGAUUUGCCAAGUCAUGUCUGUCGCGUUUCUAGCCGGCCUUCUAUGGUGGCACUCCAACACUAAUCACAUUCAAGAUCAGGUGGGAUUGUUGUUUUUCUAUUCAAUCUUCUGGGGGUUCUUCCCCAUGUUCAAUGCCGUGUUUGCAUUUCCACAAGAACACUCAAUGCUGAAGCGCGAGCGCUCCUCCAGGAUGUACCGUCUCUCCGCCUACUACUUCGCACGAACUGUCGGUGAUCUGCCAAUGGAACUCGCGCUUCCGACUGUUUUUGUGACCAUAACAUAUUGGAUGGGAGGCCUAAGGCCAUCACCCAUCACAUUCCUAGCAACCCUCUCCAUUGUCCUCUUCAUCGUGCUCGUCUCCCAGAGCCUAGGCCUAGCCCUCGGUGCGCUGGUGAUGGAUGUGAAGCGCGCCGGGACCCUGUCGUCGGUCACCAUGAUGGUGUUUUUGCUGGUUGGUGGGUAUUAUAUUCAGAACAUGCCUCACUUCAUGGUGUGGGUGAAGUACAUUUCAUUCACUCAUUACUCUUACAGACUUCUGGUGGGAGUUCAGUAUGGGGAGGAUGACGUUUAUGUGUGUGGGGAUGGAGGAGGACGAGAAUGCAGGGUCAGGGAUUUUGCAGGGAUUAAGUGCCUUGGCGGCAUUGGGAACUUGACGGUGGAUGUGGCGGCAUUGGCCGCCAUGUUUGUUGCGUAUCGGAUGGUGGCUUAUGUUGCACUGAGGAUUCGUUGAAGAUCCUUAUAACUUUUUUUAUACAAUAAAGAAUAGAUGAAUGUAGACAUACAUUAUGUCUAUAUUCAUUUAUUUUUCAUUGUAACAAAAAAAUCUUAAAGGUACUUAAAAAGAAAUCAAGGGAGUACUUCAUAUAUAUGCUCCUCUUUCCUUUGAUGCCCCUGGGAUGUUAUAAUAUGACACUCAAUUCAUCUUAUCAGGAUCCUAUGGUAUUUCAAUUCAUCUGCUUUGAAAUACUUUUUACCUCUUGAAUCUCCCACAAAAAACACUAUAAAUCUUUCUUCCUCAUUUCCUCAAUAUGCUACAAUGAACACGUCCACGAAACUAAGGGCUAGCUUAGAGUGCUUGUUGAAGGAAGUAUAAUAGGAUAUGAAGUACUUCACGGUCAAAAGGAACAUUGUACUAUUGUAGGCUUUUCAAAUGAGUCAUUGUUAUAUUAUGAUAUCAGACGUGAAAAGACAGUCUCUAGAAAAUAAUUACUCCGAUCCGCAUUAAGUACAAUAUUGAUAAAGUUACAGUUUCUUU